GUCAGUUUUCAUUUUUAUAUUGUGCGUGGAGUCGUUCUCGUCCUUUGCGUGUUUUAUGAGUAAUUUUGUGAUUUAAAAGUGUCGAACAGCAUGAGUUCCAAAGAAUCAAAAGCGGGAAGUUCUCUGACAUACGAAUCAAUUAAAGUAAUUGCAGAAUCGAUGGGAAUUGGUAACUUGUCCGACGACGGAGCGAAGAUGUUAGCAGAAGACAUUACAUACCGACUGAAAAUGAUUGUGCAGGAUGCACAGAAAUUUAUGGGCCAUGCAAAACGCCGUAAAUUAACUACUGGAGACUAUGACCAUGCAUUGAAAGUAAAAAAUGUAGAGCCAUUGUAUGGAUUUUCCAACCCUGAAUUUAUUCCUUUUCGAUUUGCAAGUGGUGGAGGUCGAGAACUCUACUUCAUUGAAGAAAAGGAAUUGGAAUUAAAUGAUAUUAUAAGUGCUCAACUACCUAAAUUGCCUCUUGAUGUUUCUCUAAAAGGUGAAGAAGCACUUCAGAGUUUGGCAUCAGAUCCUGGCCUUCAUCAAAUGCUGCCUCGAUUAUGUACUUUUAUCUCUGAAGGAGUAAAAGUAAAUGUUGUGCAAAAUAAUUUGGCAUUAUUAAUAUAUUUGAUGAGGAUGGUCAAAGCAUUAUUGGAUAAUCAAACUUUAUAUUUGGAAAAAUAUUUACAUGAAUUGAUACCAUCUGUGAUAUCCUGUAUUGUUAGUAAACAGCUUUGUACUCGACCUGAUGUUGAUAAUCAUUGGGCUUUACGAGAUUUUGCGUCUAGAUUAAUAGCGCAAAUAUGCAAAAACUUUAAUACAAGUACAAAUGGCAUACAGACUCGUAUAACAAAAAUGUUAAGUAGAGCUCUUCAAAAUGAAAAGAUCCCAUUAGCUUCUCAUUACGGUGCUAUAUCUGGCUUAUCUGAGUUAGGACCAGAAGUUAUAAGAGCUUUCGUGUUAACAAGAGUCAAGUCUAUAGGUGAACGCAUAAAACAAUGCUUAGAAGGAUCUGUAAUUGGAAGUAUAGACAAAAGUGCAGCAGAACAUAUCAAACAGUUACUCUUAAGAGUUCUUACACCUGUAAUUAAAGCUUCUUGGACACCCCCUGAUAACAUGGAUGACUAUAAAAAUGAAUUUGGAUAUUUAGGUCCUCUAUUACAUACCCAUGUUGUAAAAGCACGCCAGCCUACCACUACUGCUAGUAGCACCAGGACAACAGUUACUGUCACACAGCCAAGGGUACUACAGACAAAUCCUCGCACUCCGACGAUAGUUAGCAUGCCUCGGACUGUCACGCCAUCUCCCACCACCCAAAAGUACGUCAUUGUCGCAUCCAAUUCUAGAUCCACGACACAGAACGUUGUGAAUAAUAGCAAUUCAACGCCCACUCUGGUGAAGAUCGUCAACGCUUCGAGCCAGAGUCUGCCGUCAAAAGUCGCAAAUACUUGCACGACUUCGACGCCUGUGGCCAAAGUGGUCGUGGUGACCAUGCCUCAGAGUACGACAGGAUCAAUAGUUAUGUCACAAACUACCACUAGUAACCAACCAUUAUCCGCCAUUCAAAACAUGGGCGUUAAAAGUGUGUUUUCUCCAUCUUCUAGUAGACCUUCGACACCCGAAACUCAGGCUGCAGCAUACACUCCGACAGAUAUCUCUGAACAUUCGUAAUAUAUUGUUGAAAAUGUUUUAAUAUCUGUCUUUUUUAUUGUAAAUAUUAAAUUACAACAUAUACAAAAAUUUGUAUAAAUAUUACAGUAGCAUUUUAUUGAAAAUGAUAAAAGUCUAUACAGACAAAUA